CAGCACCGCCGGUGGGCACCGCCUCCACCGCAGCCGCGCUCGGCCCCGCUCGGUCCGGAGCAGCCCGGAGCACCGGGCACGGCGGCUUUACCGAGCACCGGUACAGCGCCGCUGUGUCCGGGCACGAAGAAGCCCCGGGGAAAAUCAACACCCCGUCCCACCGGAGGAGCCCUUGUGGCCCCGGUGCAGAGAUGGACACCUUCAGCACCAAGAGCUUGGCCCUGCAGGCCCAGAAGAAGCUCUUGAGCAAAAUGGCUUCCAAGACUGUGGCCAAUGUCUUCAUUGAUGACACAAGCAGCGAGAUCUUGGACGAGCUUUACCGAGCCACAAAGGAGUACACCCACAAUCGCAAAGAGGCCCAGAAGAUCAUCAAAAACCUCAUCAAGAUUGUGAUGAAGCUGGGUGUGCUGUACCGCAAUGGGCAGUUCAGCCCUGAGGAGCUGCUGGUGAUGGAGCGCUUCCGCAAGAAGGUGCAUACCUUGGCCAUGACAGCAGUCAGCUUCCACCAGAUAGACUUUACCUUUGACCGCAGGGUCAUGUCAAGUGUGCUGACAGAGUGCCGGGACCUCCUGCACCAGGCUGUCAGCAGCCACCUGACGGCUAAGUCACACUCCCGCAUCAACCACGUCUUCAACCACUUUGCAGAUUAUGAGUUCCUCUCGGCCCUCUAUGGGCCAGCUGAGCCCUACCGCACCCACCUGAAGAGGAUCUGCGAAGGUGUCAACAAGAUGCUGGAGGAGGACAACAUAUGAAGCCAUUGGUGGCAACGUAACUCUGCAUCCUGUUACCUGUGAGCCUGAGGACAGGACAUGCGGCCAUUCUGGUGAUGGCAGGGCUUUGUCCUCUGUGAUGCUAACUCUAUCAUUUUCUCCUCUUUAUAUAAAAGACUGAACCUCCUGAGUUUGUCUGUCCCUUGCCCAGGAUCUGCAAACUUUGCUCCUGGCUGAAUCCUUUGCAGGUCCUCCAGGGCUUCUGGCUCACUGGGCUCCUGCUGUACAUUCUUUUUCCUUUGUCCAUAAAGUGCUCUUUACUCCAAGGAACUGGCCACAACUGGAUUCCCCACUUAGAACUUGAUUGUAAUCCUCCUAUAAAAGACAAACAAAAGACUGGCAGUGUGCAGCACCAAUCCAAGCAGAUGGGCAGCCGCUUGGUGAGAGGUGUGAUACCAUUAUCAUGGCUCUAUUUUGGCAAGGUUCCAGAAGCCCCAUGACACAGUGGGAGCCAGCCAUGCUCCAGGCUUACACUGCCCAGCUUAGGAGGGUACUUCUGUGCCCUGCUGGCUCGAAGGGGUUUUGGCCUCCCAAAGACAAGUGCCGGCAACCAGAAAGAUCCCCAAAUGCAUGGGUGAGCAGCAGUCCCUCAGGGCUGGAAGCACCCUGGUGGCCUCAUGUUCUUCUUCAUCCUGGGCUCAGCUGGGAUUCCCCAACAGCCUCCUGUGGACUUUAUCACUGUGAUCACUCAGAUGCCUUCCUUUGUCCCGAGUAUUUCACACAUUUGACGUGUCCUGGAGUGAGUUCUAAUUGUUAUUUUUUACAAAACUCUGUAGCCCCGAUGAGUUAUUUAAUUAAACUCAACUGGUUUGGC